CCCCCUCCAAGAUGGCGUCCCUGCUGCAAUCGGAGCGGGUUCUGUACCUAGUCCAGGGAGAAAAGAAGGUUCGGGCCCCGCUCUCGCAGCUUUAUUUCUGCCGCUAUUGUAGCGAGCUGAGGUCGCUGGAAUGUGUGUCUCACGAGGUGGACUCCCAUUAUUGUCCCAGUUGCUUAGAAAAUAUGCCAUCGGCUGAAGCCAAACUAAAAAAGAAUAGGUGUGCCAACUGCUUUGACUGUCCCGGCUGUAUGCACACUCUCUCCACUCGGGCAACGAGCAUUUCCACACAGCUUCCAGAUGACCCAGCCAAGACCACCAUGAAGAAAGCCUAUUACCUGGCCUGUGGAUUUUGUCGCUGGACAUCUAGAGAUGUAGGCAUGGCAGACAAAUCUGUGGCUAGUGGUGGUUGGCAGGAACCCGAAAAUCCUCACACGCAACGGAUGAACAAACUGAUUGAGUAUUACCAGCAGCUUGCUCAGAAAGAGAAGGUUGAACGAGAUCGCAAGAAACUAGCACGGCGUAGAAACUAUAUGCCUUUGGCUUUUUCGGACAAAUAUGGUCUUGGAACGAGGCUUCAGCGACCACGAGCUGGUGCAACCAUCAGUACCCUUGCUGGACUGUCCCUUAAAGAAGGAGAGGACCAAAAAGAGAUAAAGAUUGAGCCAGCUCAGGCCGUGGACGAAGUAGAACCUCUACCUGAAGAUUACUAUACAAGGCCAGUCAAUUUAACAGAAGUGACCACCCUUCAGCAGCGCCUCUUGCAGCCUGACUUCCAGCCAGUCUGUGCCUCACAGCUCUAUCCUCGUCACAAACAUCUUCUGAUCAAGCGGUCCCUGCGCUGUCGGAAAUGUGAACAUAAUUUGAGCAAGCCAGAAUUUAAUCCAACAUCUAUCAAAUUCAAAAUCCAGCUGGUUGCUGUCAAUUAUAUUCCAGAAGUGAGAAUCAUGUCAAUUCCCAACCUUCGCUACAUGAAGGAGAGCCAGGUCCUCCUGACGCUUACGAAUCCAGUGGAGAACCUCACCCAUGUGACACUGGUGGAGUGUGAGGAGGGAGACCCGGAUAAUAUCAAUAGCACUGCUAAGGUUGUGGUGCCUCCCAAAGAGCUCAUCUUGGCCGGCAAGGAUGCAGCAGCCGAGUACGAUGAGUUGGCAGAACCGCAGGACUUCCAGGACGAUCCUGACAUUAUAGCCUUCAGAAAGGCCAACAAAGUGGGUAUCUUCAUCAAAGUGACCCCACAACGUGAGGAGGGUGAAGUGACCGUGUGCUUUAAGAUGAAGCAUGAUUUUAAAAACCUGGCAGCCCCCAUCCGCCCCAUCGAAGAAAGUGACCAGGGCACAGAAGUCAUCUGGCUCACCCAGCAUGUGGAACUCAGCUUGGGCCCACUUCUCCCUUAAAAGGUGCCACCAGUGGGGCGGAUCCCAAAGGACAGUACCACCACGAGCCCACGUUAAAAUGUGGAAGCCGCUGCUUCGUUAAGCCUUGUUUGUAACGAUGUACCCAGGCACUACUGAAUCCUAUUCCUAGGAAGGUGGGGGCACAGGCAAGGCAUUGGGAACACAGGGUAACUCCUGUUCUCUUGCUCUCACUUCUGCUAAUACCAGUGAAUUACUGUCUCCCUUACUGAACCCCGCACGUCGAAUAACAGCAGCAUAGUUCCCUCCCCAAAAAAGGGGGUGGUGGCUCUUCUUUGGUGUGGCAUUAGAUUUACCACCUGAGAAAUUCUGACCAUACUGUCUCCCAGUCUGAUCUCACAAGGGAUCACGGUCUCACAGAUGAAACCUAAAAUGGUAACUGAAAGGUGGACCUGCUGUUAAUGAUCCAGCACUGGUCUGCUCUCUGCAUCCCAUUUAGCUAUAAUCUAGCACUCUAAACAUACCCUUCACUGGUUGCCAUGGCUCCCAUCUUGCUUAGGUUUCCACUGGACAGAAAAGUAGAAAUUGUCACAUCGUCUUUAGUUUUGCGGUGUUUGAAAAAACCCGUGAGAUUCUCAAGGCGCUCCCAUUUGCCUUUUUCUAAGUGAAUACAGGAUACUUACUUAUCAGUUCCUCUUAAAAUUUCUUUGUUGUUAGAACAUGGAACUCUCUUUUGAGAAGAAUUGAAGAAGCAAGCAAUCACAUGUCAUGUCAAGGGGGUGGCGAAUCCCAUUCAUUUUAAAUGUUGCCACAAUAUCCAGGGGUUACCGCUGUCACUGGGAGGCAGCCCUUCUGUGUCUCACUCCCUUCCCCUCCUCUCUGCCCUGCCUCU